CACCCGCGCGAACGGAGCAAGAAAGAGAGAGAGAUAGAAAGAGGAAAAGAAAGAGAGAGAGAAAGAGAGAACCGACGGUGGUUUGGCUGCCUCCCCUUUUUCGGUACGUUCUCCCGAAUGCGCCCCCUCUUCUAGCGGCCUCUACCCACUCAGCCGAAGUAGUAAUCUACCCGUUUGUCUCGGCGUAGUGUCGCGCGGAGUGUCGUACGGAAUAUACGUGCAGGAGAGAGAAAGAGAGCUCGCUGGUGUUGUUAUCCGGUGUUAUCACAACACCCCUUGGACACUGCUCCUUCUCUCAUAUUUUUUUUUUUUUUGGUGCUUUUCUACCCUUCACUUCACCCUCAGAAUCUUGUGAACUUCGUCAUCGUGUGUCCUGCGAUCGACAGGAUAUUAGGAUCCAGAGGAAGCUUGGCUGCGAGCAAGUUUGGCAGGGUUGACGACGACGACGAAGAAGAGGAAGCUGUAGGCUGUAUACUCCGAACAGCGGAUAGUGCCUCCACGGUGUGACCGCACGAGGAAUCACGAUGGCGGAGGUGGCGACGAAGAAAUCGAUCAAUGUCGUAAGUAGCAAGAAGAACGAGGUGUGCGGUGUUCAGUCUAACAACGGUUUGAUUGAUUUGGAUGAUCUAACCGCGAGUAACAACCAACUAAUCUCGUUGUGCGACGACGACGACGACGACGAACUCGUACUCACGAAUAAUACGCGUAACGAGCUCGAGAACGAGGACAAGAGCCUGCAGGAGCUGAUCGAGAGCGAGCUGGCGCUGAGAAUCUGCUCGAGCAAGAGCGACGACGACAUCGCCGACGAGCUCGAGGAGGAGGAGCCGGUCGUCGCCCAACCGGAGCCGAUCAAGAGGAUCGUCCUGGAUCGUCGACAGGAUCCAAUCGACAUCAACGCGGAGUUUAUCGCGGCCGAGAGCGAGCACUAUUCCCUGAUCGAGGAACCCCAUCAAAACGGUCACGUGUCCCCGGACGCCAAUACCGAAGUCGUGGAACCGGUAGAUUUCUACGAGCAGGAGGAGGAUCAGGUCGGCGAGAAAACGAGUCGAGACGAGCCCGAAGAGCCGCAGCUUGCCACAGACGUCCCGGAUUUUAGCAACGUCACGGCCAAUUUUGUCGACACCUCUCAACCUUGUUCCGCGUAUCAGGAGAACGAACUGACGCAAAAGUCGGACGAUGCGGAAAAUAUAAAUACGCUCUGCCAGCAAAAUCCAGGUGUCGACGAGCACAAGUUUUUUCCCGCGAACGAGGAACCUUUGUGCGAUGUGACGCUUCCGGUACGCGACGAGGCAAACUUGCAAACGUUGAUUCCCCAGGACAAACAAUCGCCCACCGAAAUCAUCGAGGAUUCGGACUGCAUCGAUGCUAACCAGUCUGAGAUACUCUCGGAGGCGGCUAGCACGCGGGAAUUUCUUGCUACGGAGCGUCUCGUGUUGAGCGAAGAAGCCAAUCAAGAGGUGUCGCUUGAGGAUAUCGAUCAGUACGUUGAGGCAAGUUUGCAAAUGCCGUCUUCCGAAAUCGAGGAGACCAACUCGAAGCCGAGCAACAAGUACGACGACGAAUUAGGGAGCUUUCACGACGAUCUCGCGAGCCAAUCUGAGAUGUUGACAGAAACGUCUAGCACGUGUCAGAAGUUGUCAGAGAUCGCCGAUUCACCGGCGGUUCUCGAAAGCGAAUCCAUCCCGGAAUGUCCCAGGGAGAUCGCGGAGGAUCCUCAGAACCAGGACGAGUCCUCGAGCGAGUUGUCGGCGUCGGAUUCGACGUUCAUAGAGAAGCCCGAGGUCGUGGUGUCGGAUACAAACCUGGUGACGAUCUUCUCGGAAGCGAAGAGGGCCGCCGACGAGAAUUUGGACUCGUGGACGACGGUCGAGGAGGCCACGAAAUCGGCUGACGUCGAGGAGAAACGCGCCGGUAACAUUAACGAGGCGACGAGAGAUGAUAACGAGGAGAAAGCGAACGAUUCUUUUGCGCCCCCCGUGUCCCCUCGAGCCCCCCUGGCCACCCCGGACGAGACGGAGACGAGCGAUGUUUCUAACGCCUGCGAUAGCGAAAGCCGCGAGGAAACGGUGACCGCCAGUUCCACCGUGGUGACCUCCUCGAAGGUAGGAACGAAAACGAAGAAGAAGAAGAUCGAGGGCGUCGCUGGUAACGAUGCCACCUCGCCGAACCUUACGCCGCGCACAAAGAAAACUAAGAAGAGCAAGAAGAGCGAUCUCGAGAAGGAGAACAUCUCCGUGAACUGUAGCUUACAAGACGCAAGCAUGCAUACGGGUACUCGACGAUCGCAUUCAGAGAUGAUCGAUUUCUCCGACGAGGACGAUUUGUCGAAUGUCAAUGUUAAGUCACUGACACAGAACUAUGUCUCGGAGACGAGCCGAAGCGAUCAGGAGAAGCUGUGCAGGGAACGAAUCGCGACCGGCGUGUCCAUCAAGCAACUAUGUCGCAGUUUUGGCGACAUCUCGAACAUGAGCGACGGCGAUCAGGCAGCUUUUGGGAAAACAAGUCACGCGAUGGAAACCGAGGAGAAAGCGAGGUCGAUGGGUGAUCUGAGAUUAUGCGAGCAGGGUUACUCGAGCUUCACCAAAGACGCGCCCGUCUUCGCCGGAGUGUCGGUUAAGGCCCUCAGGGCUUCCUACUGUAGUUUGGCAAGCUUAACGAGCGAGGGUAAGGACAAGGAUCGUGCAUGCGAGAGGCCGAAAUUCGAGAAAUCAAGCUUCAACAAAUUCGAUGCUCUCACCAAGAAGACAGUUUUGCACGUACGUUCGGUUGAUGCAGCAAAAGUGCAACAGCAACUAAAUGCCGUGGGUCCGGGUGGCGAGGCGAAUACGAAUUGUCGCAGCUGCGGCAAGGUCGUGUUUCAAAUGGAGCAGACAAAGGCCGAGGGUCUGGUCUGGCACAAGAAUUGCUUCCGGUGCGUGCAGUGCGGCAAACAGCUCAACGUGGACAAUUACGAGAGCCACGAGAGCACGCUCUACUGUAAGCCCCACUUCAAGGAGCUCUUCCAACCGAAACCGGUCGAGGAGUCCGAACAACCCGUGCGACCUCGAAAGCCGGAGCUGAUCAUACGGGAGAACGAGCCGAAAGAGUUGCCGCCCGAUGUGGUCAGAGCUUCCGACAAACCCGACCUAGGACUCGAGGAGCUCUCAAGCUUAAACGUCAAAUCGCGCUUCCAAGUCUUCGAGAAAGCUAGCACAGAGAACGCCAAUGAAAUUGAGAGAUCGCCGUCGCAGAUCGCCGUCAAGAGAUCACCCAGCAUCCUCAGUAAACUGGCCAAAUUCCAGGCGAAAGGCAUGGAUAUCGGCGUGGCGGACGAAUCUCUCAAUGGGAUACCCUACGAGGAGUCGAGCGAAAGCGAAGACGACGUCGAGACGGAAGAGACCGAAGAAGUGGAAACCGAGAUUGUGAAGGCGAAACGUACCACGCGCGAACGACCGAUCAGUUUCUCGAAGAUGGAUGACAUGAAGAAUCGUUGGGAAUCCACCAGUCAGCAGGGAAGGCGCGAGAUUCAGCGCGAAGCUAGGAAGGAAGAAAUCGCAGGAAUCCGCUCGCGAUUGUUCAUGGGAAAACAGGGUAAGAUGAAGGAAAUGUAUCAGCAGGCAGUAGCCGGAAAUGAUCGCGUCACGAAGAUAAAUGCGGCGGAGGAGAUCCAGCACUCGACUGCCCACGCUCGUUCUAUCAAAGAGAGAUUUGAACGAGGCGAGCCAAUCGCAGCUUCGGACGACGAAAUCGAUAGUAAUAAACCAAAACCGGAGAAAGCUGACGAAGAAGUAAUCGCAGCAGGUAUCAGCAGGAAAUCGCGAUCGCUCUUUUUGGAACUGGAUGCCUCUGCAGCGAAAAUAGGACGUCCGGUAACGCCAGUGCAUCCGAAGACACCAACCGAAAAUCCACGACGUGCACGAGACGCGUUCAUGGGUCGUCAAGUCUCAGACGAUGUGGUACGCAGUUCGGAUGCGACCGAGGAGGUUCACGUAGAAACGUCGGAAAUUUCGAACAAGUUUAAAUUCUUCGAGACCUACAGGGAACCGGAGAAACAGCGAAAGCAGUUUCGCAUCACGCCUCCUCGCGACGGUCAAGUCAAGAUGGAUUCACCGGAUCGCGAGAUAUACCGCGAUCCCGACGUCGUCAGGGCCAACGACAGGGUGGAUGAGGUGGUGCACACAGAUACGGCGAGGAAGAUGCUGUCCAUCUUCCGACAGAUGGAAGAAAACGCAAGCAAGGAGGAAUUGCCGGAUGGUCCGAAACCUUUGAAGCGCUUCACACCGCCUGAGGACAAAUUCGCCAAGGCGACGGCGUCGGAUUCUGAGGAGGAUGAGGAAGAAGAAAACGAAGAGUCUGAAGGUGAAGAGAGCGCCGAGGAGAAGGAUCCCAACUACGUCCGUGCUUCUGACAAGGUUGAGGACGAAUUCUUGAAACAAGCGCAAAAUGCGGCGCGCGCCAAGACCCUUCGCGCCAAGUUCGAGCACUGGGAGGAGACCGAUGGCAAGGUCAACAAUCACCAUAUCGCCGAAAUGGAAAUGGCUCAGGGUACGGGCGAACAAUCCAGCAUAGAGUCCGCGAGCAGUUUGAGAGCUCGUUUCGAGUCUCUCGGCUCGCAGAGCAACGAUUCUCCGCGCGCACCGAAGGUCAAAGUUAAUCGAUUUGUGGAGAUCCAGACGAACUGCACGGACGUGUGCGAGAGCUGCCAGAAGAAGGUCUACCCGUUGGAAAAGGUCGAGACAAAUAACAAAAUCUUCCAUAAGCAAUGUUUCCGGUGCCUCCAGUGCAAUUGCAUUCUAAGGAUGGACUCCUUCACGCUGAACAACGGCAAGUUGUACUGCAUCCCGCACUUCAAGCAGCUCUUCAUCACACGAGGAAACUAUGACGAGGGCUUCGGCGUCGAUCCACACAAGAAUAAAUGGGCGACGACGAAUUCCAACAGUUCCACGAGCCCAUCGCCGAUCGCGGUCUCAAACGGCGAUCUCUGAUUUUCCAAGUCUCUCAACUCUCACCUUUCCCUUUUUCCUUGUAUGAUCAUCGCUAUUGAGUUUUAGUCGGAUUCACAGGUGGAUCUAGGCGGAAGGAGAGUUAUCUUCUCUCUUGGAAACACGCCGGAUAAAUAUUACUCGAAAUUCAUGUGAAUUUAUAUUAUGUGUAUUUUUAUCACCUUGACACUUUUUUCCGAAAACGCUAAACUAGGUCCGCUUGUGGUUGGGAAAUAAUGCGAUGAUAAUUAUAAAUUGUACAUUUUUUUUAUAUUACGCUAGGCCCGUGUGCGAAUACGCGUUAAUUGUAUAUUUAACAGUUUAAACAAUCAAACGAAAUAUGUGGGAUAGACAAUUUCGUGCGCGAAUAUUCUUCGAGGAUCGUAAUCUUGUUAGAAAGUGUGUUAAAUAAAUAAAUCAACGAGAUGUGAACGAUUACAUUUUGGUCACAAUGUUCAUCGGCUCAUAAAUUAAGAGCGCAAAUUUACGAUUUAAAUUAUGAAAGUCAAUGCGCUCUUCUUAAUUACGUGCGUAAUCUCCGAAAUCGAUUUUAAAUUACAUCAAAUACGCACUGUAUAUAUAUUAAUAUAUAAUAUAUAUAUAUAUAUAUAUAUAUAUUUGUCAGUUGCCAAUGGAAAAGCGAUCCCCGAACAAACUGAUUUUUGAUAUAAAAAAUUAAUACGCUACUAAAAGUGUCUUAUCCCCUCAAUUCUAAAAAAUCUUAUUGUCAUCGCUCAUAAAGUUUGCUUGAUAUAUUUGUUACUAUUAUUAUUU